ACCUGAUAUAGUGAAGACAAUAUAGUGCACAUUGUUUGUUUUACUAGUAAAUUAUUUUGAUAAAUAGUGUCUAGUGCGCCCAAAAGGACUGUCAAAUUAAUAGGUGAACUUACCAAAAUCUCGAAGAAUGUCUCGAUAUCACUUCAUUAUUUCUGUCUGCGUUGCAGUCUCCUACGCAGUUUACAUAGCUGCAGACAACGAGGCCUUAGCCACAAACGACGAGAGCAGAGACACAGAGCUUGUGCGACGAUGCUUCCAUUUCACUUGGCUGGGUCCCAGAUGGAAUAACAACAGUGUGUUCCUGAACGCUACGUGCCAGGACGCGACGCGGCUAGCCAGUGGGGUGCCUUGCGUCGAACCGCUCGUUGUCUCGUAUGAUGGGUCAUGGCCAGACGUGGAAUAUAUUUGGAGAAACCAUUUAGGAAAUGCUUCUUGCAUCCUAGCUAACAACGACGUAUGCGCCCAAUACACGUAUUAUUUCGACGGACAUGUUGACAAUUCGACAUAUUUGUGCACGAGAGCGAUAGAUUCCAAUGGGCAGGCCAUCACCAGCGGAUGUCAUGAACAAAGAAAUGGGAGUUACGUCACUAGAGCCUGCUUCUGUCAAACAGUGGAAGGAGGAUUCCCCUGCAAUAACGCUGUUGUAUCAAAAAUAAAUACUGUUUUAGUCACUCUGUUUGCUAUUGUUGUGAUAUUUAAUUCUAAUGUUGCUUAAUAAACGAAGUAAUUACAUCGUAAA